AACAAAACAAAAUGGGCAUCCAAGUUGGUUCCCUCCAUAAUACUCCGAAUUUAUGUAGGGCUCGGCUCACUAGGCGCUGUUCUUCUGAUAAUAUUGUAGAAAAUGAAGAAGGGAAUGAGAGAGAUUUACUAUUAGCAUUCUUUCCCAUUUUGCAGCUUAGAAAAACCAACCGACAGUGAUUCAGACGCGGGUUAAGCAUUUUCUUUCUGCAGUUGUUUUUCUUGGAUUCCUUUUCCUCUUCUCUGCAUUCUUGACCUGCCUCUGUAAAAAUCUGAUAUUUGCGUCUUUCUUUAAGAAUCAGCAAGAAAGGGUUAUAAAAAUGGCGUUGAGAUAUUUGUUGGGGUUUGCAAUCUUGAUUUUGUGGAGUUCAUCAUCACCAUCUCCAUCAUUUAUAGUGAGAGCUGAGGAUCCAUACAAAUACUUCACUUGGAUUGCCACUUAUGGAACUGCUUCUCCCCUAGGCGUUCCUCAACAGGUGAUACUUAUAAAUGGCCAAUUUCCUGGCCCAAGGUUAGAUUUAGUCACUAAUGACAAUAUAAUCCUCAACCUCAUCAAUAAGUUGGACCAGCCACUUCUCUUAACAUGGAACGGAAUAAAGCAGAGGAAGAACUCUUGGCAAGAUGGAGUUUUGGGGACUAAUUGCCCCAUUCCACCAAAUUCAAACUACACAUACAAGUUUCAAACCAAAGAUCAGAUUGGUAGCUAUACAUACUUCCCAUCAACUUUCAUGCAAAAAUCUGCUGGAGGUUUUGGACCCCUCAAUGUUUUUGCCAGAUCAGUCAUUCCGGUUCCCUAUCUAAAACCUGAGGGAGACUUCAGUUUACUUAUUGGAGAUUGGUACAAGUCUAGUCACAAGGAAUUACAGCAAAUUUUGGAUUUAGGAAAAUCUCUGCCUUUCCCUGAUGGCGUACUUGUAAACGGGCGGAGUCGGUCUACCUUCAAUGUUAUUCAAGGUAAGACUUACAUGUUCAGAAUCUCAAAUGUGGGGUUGUCAACUUCCAUAAACUUCAGAAUUCAAGGCCACAAAAUGAAGUUAGUUGAGGUUGAAGGAUCCCAUGUUGUCCAGAAUGUUUAUGAUACGCUGGAUGUGCAUGUCGGUCAAUCUGUAUCUGUUCUUGUCACUUUCGAUCAGCCUCCAAAGGACUAUUUCAUCAUUGCGUCGACACGGUUUACUGCACAGGUUCUUAGCUCGGGUUCUGUGCUGCACUACUCGAACUCUCUCUCAGCUGCUUCUGGGCCAAUACCAGGUGCUCCGGCUGGCCAACUGGACUGGUCUAUGGACCAAGCAAGAACAUUUAGGUGGAAUUUGACAGCAAAUGCAGCAAGGCCCAACCCUCAAGGUUCUUUCCACUAUGGAACAAUUACUCCAUCAACGACGAUUGUGCUUGCCAACUCAGCACCAAUGAUUGGUGGGAGGCAGAGAUACGCUGUCAAUGGAGUGUCUUACAUAGAUCCUGACACCCCUCUGAAACUUGCAGACCACUUCAACAUCCCCGGAGUGUUCAAUCUUAAUGCCAUCAAGAGUUCUCCUUCUGCUGAUGGUAGUAUGUCUUCCGUUUUAGCUACAGCAGUGCUUCCCACUUCUCUCCAUCAGUUCAUUGAAAUCGUGUUCCAAAAUAACGAGGACACCAUGCAGUCUUGGCACCUUGAUGGCUACGAUUUCUGGGUUGUCGGAUUUGGCUUUGGAAAAUGGAAUGGAGCCAGUAGAAAGAAUUACAAUCUCAUUGAUGCCCUUACUAGACACACCACACAGGUAUAUCCAAAAUCAUGGAGUGCAAUAUUGGUUUCCUUGGACAACCAAGGGAUGUGGAAUUUGAGGUCUGCAUUGUGGGAAAGGCGGUACCUCGGACAGCAGCUGUAUCUCAGGGUCUACAACUCAGUUCAGAAUUUCGCUAAUGAAUAUGAUAUGCCUUCCAAUGCUCUACGGUGUGGCAGGGCUGUUGGCCGACCACAUCCUUUGAGUGAUGAUCAUAGUCUUUCUUUGGGCGACCAAUCAUGAUUUUUUUGUUCUUGAAUAUCUUUUAUAUCUGUAAUUUGUAUAUCUCAAACACCGAGCAAUUGUUAAAACUCAAUUGAUUUUCCUCCUCUGGGAUCAUUAAGUUAUGUAAUAUCUUUGUCUGUGCUUAUAUAAUGAGAGCCAAGGAUGGUUAACUGGUCA